AUACUUCAAAAUUGGAAAGACUGAUCGUUUAUAGUACAAAUUAGUUAAUGUAAAUUGUUCGUUUUGCAAAGUUAGUUUAACACGUGUUCAAGAUGCCGGCAAUGGAUUUGGACACCGCCCUGAUGACCAUAGGUUAUGGCUGUGGUCAGGUGAUUGUCUUCGUCGUGAGCUUCUUCUUAUACAUGUACGCCGUUUCCGAGUCCAUGUGUGUGUCCUACGUGGUGGUGCUGACGUCUUGCGAGUUGGCCACCUCCAAGGAGGAGAAGACCCUCUUGGCCAGCUCCCUGCUGGGCGGCAUGGUUGCGUCCGGACUGUUUAUAGGCUUCCUGGCGGACGCUUACGGCCGUAAGUGUAUUAUCCGUUUGUCAUUGCUGGGAUCCCUGGGCUUCUCGACCCUUUCGGCUUUAAUGCCGGAGAUCUAUUCGUUGUCGGUGAUGCGGAUGAUCGUGGGAGUAUUCCUCUCCGGCGUUGCUUCCUUGCAGGUGGGCUACCUAAUUGAAUUCCAUGCACCCAAGUGGCGACCCAUCGUGGUCGCCCUUUGCGGCCAAUCCGUAAGCACCGCCCUCAUCUUCUGCCCCCUGAUGGCCAUGGGCAUACUGCACGACGACUUCAGCGUGACCAUCAGCAGCGACUACGAUAUGCGCCCCUGGCGCUUCCUCAUGAUAGUCGUCCAGAUACCCGGCUGGCUAGCUCUCCUCGGGAUCAGUCUAGUGCCGGAAACGCCCUACUAUUACAUCUCUGUGAACCGCGAGGAUAAGGCCAUGCUUGCCAUCCAAUGGAUAUGCCGGAUGAACCGCAAGAAGUGGGAGGACCUUGACAUAUCGGGUCUCUCUCCAGACACCCGAACCUCGGUUACCGAGGAGGGGGCCUUCUUGAAGAGAAUGUGGUUCGACACCAUGCGGCUUUUCCAGAGGCCUUACGUCGCCACCACUAUCAUGUGUCUGAUGCUUAUUUUUGGGCUGUUCUUCACCUCCAUUGGCCUGGGCAUCUGGUUUCCGGUUAUCCGCAACAUGGACAACUCGGGCAGCAACCGGCUGUGUCACCUCGUGCGACAUAACCCAGUGUUUCAAAACCCAAAAGCUGUGGAAAUCAACAGCACGUCGGCAGCGGAGCCUUACCAGUGUAACGACGUGAUGACCAAUUUGAUCGAUCCCAUCUAUUACGGCCUAGCCUACUUUGGAUGCUAUACCCUGUCCGCGGUUUUGGUCCGCUUUCUGAUGCGGAAGUACGUCAUUGCGUUGCACAUCGGUGUAGCCUUUGUCCUGGGGCUCGGGCUAAAUGGCCUCAGUCAGUCGACAUUGGUGCUGAUCUCCUUCACCGGCAUGAUGGUGAUGCCGGGUGUCCUGAUCCCACUGGCCUCCUCUGUGCUGAUUGACGCCCUACCCAUCCAUCUGCGAGGCAAGGCCCUGUGUCUGGUCCGCUCCUUGGCGCGAUUGGGAGCCGUUGUGGGCAGCACCAUAGUUGGACUGCUGAUCAGGGUCUCCUGCGACCUCACCCUCAACAUAUUCAACGCCUAUCUGGUGGUUUGCUUCACUUUGGCCAUCUUUCUACCUAAAUAAAUGCAGACUAAUUUCGCGUUCCACAUUCCUAACCAAAUUUGUAAGUGAUGCUGUAAAGCAGACAUGCGAUCGGCGAGGUUUGUGAAAAUAGUUAUGUUAAACUACUCAAGUCUGGAACCUCUGACCAUUAGAGUUAUUGAUACCCCUUUCAAGACUCUGCAUUACGACUUACAUGUGUUCUUGUAUGA